AUGGGGAAAGAGCAAGAGCUGCUAGAGGCCGCCCGCACUGGGAACCUGCCCGCCGUGGAGAAGCUGCUUUCGGGCAAGCGUCUUAGCUCGGGCUUCGGUUCUGGGGGCGGCUCCGGGUCUUCAGGGGGCGGCGGCGGCGGCGGGGGGCACCCGCUUUCCAGCCUUCUCAGUAUCUGGAGAGGACCAAACGUGAACUGUGUUGACAGUACUGGAUACACCCCAUUGCAUCAUGCUGCUUUGAAUGGGCACAAGGAUGUUGUGGAAGUUCUGUUGAGAAAUGAUGCAUUAACCAAUGUGGCUGACUGCAAAGGCUGUUACCCUCUCCAUUUGGCAGCUUGGAAGGGAGAUGCUGAAAUAGUGAAACUGCUAAUACACCAGGGACCCUCCCAUACUAAAGUAAAUGAGCAGAAUGCUCUUGAGAUCAAAGAACUCAAAAAGUACGGCCCCUUUGACCCCUAUAUCAAUGCCAAGAAUAACGACAAUGAGACGGCAUUGCACUGUGCAGCUCAGUAUGGUCAUACGGAAGUGGUGAAGGUUCUUCUGGAGGAGUUGACUGAUCCUACUAUGCGCAAUAACAAGUUUGAAACUCCUCUUGAUUUGGCUGCUCUCUAUGGGAGAUUAGAGGUUGUGAAGAUGUUGCUUAAUGCUCAUCCUAAUCUAUUAAGUUGCAAUACUAAGAAACACACCCCCUUACAUCUGGCAGCUAGGAAUGGCCAUAAAGCUGUAGUUCAUGUACUUCUGGAGGCUGGCAUGGAUAACAAUUACCAGACAGAAAAAGGCAGUGCUUUGCAUGAAGCUGCUUUGUUUGGCAAAACAGAUGUGGUACAGAUAUUGCUAGCUGCAGGCAUUGAUGUGAAUAUAAAGGAUAACAGAGGCCUGACCGCUUUGGAGAUUGUCAGAGAACUGCCAUCUCAAAAAAGCCAACAAAUAGCAGCUCUCAUUGAAGACUGUACAACAAGAAAGAAACUUGCAACAACAGAAGAGAAGACAUCACCACCAUUAACUGCUUCUGUGGAGACUUCAGUUCGGGUACCCCAAGGGAAUGUGGAAAAAGCGGUGACAGACCUGUUAACAGAUGUUGAUGGCAAGCCAGAAGAGUGUCCGUAUGAAGUACUGUACAAUGCAACUUCCUGUCAUUCUUUGGACAGCCUGGCCAGUGGAAGAUCCUCAGACAGAGACUCAGUGAACAGGGAAGCGGAGAUGACUGGUAUUAAAGUGACAGGAGUGAGGCCUAGAGAGCGUCCACCACCUCCUGCAAAACCUCCCCCUGAUGAAGAAGAAGAACAUGAAGAGAAAAAACAUGAUGCAUCCUCAGUGGGUUUGGUCACCAAGCGAAAAAGUAGGGGGAGCACAGCUGAUGAAGAAGAAGAACAUCCUUAUGAACUCCUGCUAACAGCAGAAACAAAGAAACACAUUACAGUGGAUAAAAGAACGAAAGGUGAAUCAUCUUUAGGUGCCAGCUGCAGUGUCCAGCCACAGGCAUGGUCACGAAAAGGUCUAUCUUCUCAGGAUGGUCAGUGGCCACUGAAUUGCCAAGCUUCUUCUGAUUUUUCUUCUAGCCAUUCUGAACAAUAUUCAAGUCCUGAAUCUCACGUGAUAGAGAUGCCAAAAGACCAAAAAAGGUUCAACAGAAGCCACAGCCAAGCUGAUGUCCAAGAUGCCCAGGUACUGGAUCAAUUCUCAGGUCUGCUGCAUGGUUCUUCUCCGGUGUGUGACAUAAGUGAGGACCCUUUCAGACUCAUUUCUGCUGUGGGCAAAGGAAGUACAGAGGGAACUGCUAUGCAGCUGGAAAAUAUUGAGGCUUCUGGAUCGGUACAGUCUAGUACUGCAGACCAAAAUAAAGUGGUCUAUUCAGCCAUACGCCAUAUCCGUGACAAGUUGGAUUCUGGAACUUUAGCACAUCCUCACUUGCCACAGCACCCUGGUGGUGCUGAGGAUGGAGACAAGAGCAGUGUUGUGGGAAGAGUUCAUCCAGGAAGCAAGUCUAAAGCAGACCUCAGACUUAGCCGUAGCUUAUCAAAAUCCGACUCUGACCUUUUGACCACCUCACCAACAGAGGACAAUACUAUGGGGAGCAGAAGUGAAUCCCUUUCCAAUUGUAGCACUGGGAAAAAAAGGCUGGAGAAAUCACCUUCGUUUGCUUCAGAGUGGGAUGAGCAGUUUCAGGAGCAGGUGCCUGAUGACUUUGAAGUUCAGUCUUUCUACAAUAUCGAGAAAAUCAUGAGUUCCAUUGGUGAAGGCAUUGACUUUUCACAGGAGCAGCAAAGAAUGUCAGGUUCACGGAUGCUGGAGCAGAGUGUUGGGGAGUGGCUGGAGUCCAUCGGGUUACAGCAGUAUGAAAGUAAACUGCUUCUCAAUGGCUUUGAUGAUGUCCGCUUCCUGGGAUGUAAUGUUAUGGAAGAUCAGGACCUUCGAGAGAUUGGUAUUAGUGAUCCACAACAUCGCAGAAAACUUCUCCAAGCAGCACGUUCCCUUCCUAAGGUGAAAUCUCUAGGCUAUGAUGGGACCCAACCUUCAGUUCCCGCAUGGCUUGGCUCCCUGGGGCUUCAAGAUUACAUUCAGUCAUUUCUGUCAAGUGGUUAUAGUUCUAUAGACUCAGUGAAAAACCUCUGGGAGCUAGAAUUAGUGAAUGUGCUCAAGGUGAAUCUUCUUGGCCACCGUAAACGUAUAAUAGCCUCUCUGGCAGACAGACCAUAUGAGGAACCCCCACAGAAGCCACCAAGGUUCUCUCAGCUAAGAUGCCAGGAUUUGAUAUCCCAGACAUCUUCACCUCUGAGUCAGAGUGACUCCUGCACAGGGAGGUCUGCAGACCUCCUGCUACCUUUGGAAGAUGCUGGGAAGAAGAGACACGAGAACAUCCAUGAUACCGCAUCUUAUCCAAGAGCAGAGAAGUUUAGGACACAGGAGGAACACCGUGAAUCAAAGCUUACACUCAGACCUCCUAGUCUAGCAACUCCCUAUGCUCCCGUCCAGCACUGGCAGCAUCAGCCAGAGAAACUUAUAUUUGAGUCCUGUGAGUAUGAAGCCAAUUAUCUAGGGUCCAUGUUAAUCAAAGAUCUUCGAGGAACAGAAUCUACACAGGAUGCCUGUGCAAAGAUGAGGAAAUCAACUGAGCAUAUGAAGAAAACCCCAACAAUAAUAUUAUCUAUUACUUAUAAAGGAGUGAAGUUCAUAGAUGCAGCUAACAAGAAUGUAAUUGCUGAACAUGAAAUUCGGAACAUCUCUUGUGCUGCCCAAGACCCAGAGGAUCUCUGUACAUUUGCCUAUAUCACUAAGGAUUUGCAGACUAGUCACCACUACUGUCACGUCUUCAGUACCAUUGAUGUAAAUCUAACAUAUGAAAUCAUUCUGACAUUGGGGCAAGCAUUUGAAGUAGCCUACCAGUUGGCCCUUCAGGCUCAAAAAUCAAAAUCUCCAGGUGUUUUGACUGCAGAAAUGAUAGAAACAAAAUCUUCAAAACCAGUGCCUAAACCUCGAGCCAGCAUGAGAAAGUCAGCACUGGAGCAAUCUGAAGUGGACCAAGACUCCCAGUCCCAUGCUAGUGUAUCCUGGGUGGUUGAGCCCAAGCAGGAUUCCAAGAGGACCCUCAGCACUAACUGAACUACAGACAUCCACGUUUCACCAUGGAAAUGUAGUAAAUGAGCAGAGCUCUAAGAAGCAGUGAAACCCUGGAGGUGUGAAGAUCAACACCCGGCUCUGGGAUGUGUCCUUGGCUGCUCAUUAAGGACUUCCAGAGUUGAGUGAAAAGAGUUCCAAGCCACAUGCUGAUAAAAAGCAAUAUGCAUUUCUAGCAAAAGAACUGAAACUUCUGCAGUUAAAAGACUGAUGCCAUGUAUUUUAGUUUGAAAUGUUUUUGUUUUCUUUAUAUUGUGAAAUCCUCAAUUUCAGCAUAGCAUUGAUGGAAGUGAACAAAAACUGCUAAAACAAAACAUGAAUAUGCCUGUCUUAUAAUAUAGCUUUACAAUAUCUGAACAUUAAAUCGUAUAUUCAUACUUGGCUUGGAAUAGUUACAGGCUAAUUCCCAACUUGAUGCAAUAUUAAAUUUAUUUUGAGGUACUAGCACCUAAGUUGAAAAUCAUUCAUCCUUAAUAGUUACAGUAAUAAUUUAAAAGAGUAUAUAAUUUAAAAUAAUUAAAUUUAAACUUCUUGACAGUUCUUGAACUAGAAGCCUGGUAUAAGCCUACUUAACUGUAUCACUGCAAUAUAGCCGUUUUGUGAAAGUAUUUUUCCCUCCACACAAUUUAUAAUAACUGGACUGUGACUUCUUGCAUCUCAUUCAAGUAACCUAUUUUUAAAAAUGUGAUUGGAUUAUGCUCUGAUGGUUUGAGAUUUUUUAGAAGUUUAUUCACUGAUUAGCACUUUUUAUACUAGUUGAUAAUUUAAGAAUGCUCAUUUAAGUUCAUAAUUUAAGUAUGCUUAUAUAACAAUUUCAGAGUAUAAAAAAAGUGGAGAUCAAGGGCAUUAUGCUAAAACAAUUUAUUUCUUUAAUUCCACUAAAAAUGACUGCUUCAGAUGGAAGCUGAGCUUAAAGGUGAGUAUCUUAAGCAUUCACAGUCUUGAACACUGGUUUCAGUUCUGACUGUGAUAAAUAAGUAUAUCUUAUCCAAGAAAAAGAUGAGGAAGUGCAAAUAAUGCUUUUGUGGAUAUGAUAGUUUGAUAUACCCUGCUACUGUGUUAAUGGCUUAUUUCAAUUUUUGUUACUGCUGUAUCAUUCAGAUGUAAUUUAGUCUUACUGCAUUUGAUUAAAAAAUGAGAGGAAAAAGAAUCACCAUCCCAAAUGGUUGAAUUUGGGAAUAAUUCACAGAUGAAUUUCUUGAAACACAACAUUCCUUUAUAUGCAUAUGUAAAUGAUAUGCUGGUGUUGGUAUAAAUGUUACUGUACCAGUAAGUCUGUUCUGAAAGAAUGCAAAUUGCAUUUUUGCUAUGGAGGAUAGGAUGGAAAGCCUUAAAACAUAUUGACAAAGACAAUGAAAGCUUCCAACUUGCUUCUUCCAGCAAUUCAGUGCUUCCUUUCUGAGUUUACAUGGACAUAGCAAUAUCCAUGGGUGCAUCUCCUGAUUAAGCAUUCCUUUUAAGAAGGCAAUUCAAGCCAUUUUGGACUUGAUUUUUCCUAGUGAUUUUAGCCGUUUCUAGACUCCAAAGUAUUUGAGACUGUUGCCUCUCUGUGAUGUUUUGCAGCACACAGAGAAAAAUACCAUCUAUUGCUGGCACUGAAUCUGUUUAUAGGUCCAUUUAAAAUACUAUACUUAUUGUAAGCAUUCAUUUGUGCUCAAAUGACAUCAUCUCCCUAUGCUGCUUUUGCUAGAACUCCUUUUCAAAAAGGGUAUCCUAAAAGUAUAGACCUAUUUUUACUUCAUUUGUCCAGGAUAAGAACACUUUGUAAAUGCUAAGAUGGAUGAGCUGUUGCUUAUCUUUUGAAUGGAAAAUCAGUUUAUGAAAAUCAAACUCCUGUAGGUUUUUUUUUCUUUUUUCUUUGGUACGUGCUACACACUAAUAUCAGCUCACAGAAACUGGCCUUUAAGACUUCCUUAGCCUGAGAGAAAAGUCCUGAAUUUGGUACAUGACAAUCUGUCCAGCCUUCUUUGGGAAAGAAUUCUAAAGCAGCUUCAAGUGGUGAGCUGUGCUGUUCUUGCAGACAGGUAUCUAGUGAUACCUCACCUUUUCAAUACCUUCUUUGCCUGUGAAAUUUAAAACUGCUGGGUGAUAUUUCACUCUUACACUGCCUCUGUUUGCAUGAUCAGUAUGAAUGUCUAUCAGCAGGAUUUUCUGGUAUGCUUGCAUCUGAAGAAGGCAGGAAGAUUCUUCGUAAUAGGCAGUCUGAAUAUCACUUUUAUGCUAAUUGUGAUGUAUGGCAGUGGGACUGAUUUGUAAUAAAAUGUUAUUUAAUCUGUCUUUGUAUUUUGAUACUUGAACUAUUUCCUUUUUAUUUCCUGUAUAUAAAAAUUAUUCUGUCUCUUUUUUUGUGGUACCAAACAUAACCAAUCUGUGCAACAACAUAGACUGACCUCACUACAACAAGGCGAGACUGUAAAUAUUUCUGAGCUUCCAGCAGUCGUUUUGUUGUUUGUUUUUCAUAACUGUAUGACUUAGAACUGAGUAAAUUAAUAAAAUUAGACAUCUCUGUA